AAUUCGCUCAAUCAAAUCACCAUCUCUUCUCUGCAAAACCAUCCUCUCAUUUCGAAACCCUAGAACUCUUUCUCUCUCUCUAAAAAUGUCCGGUCGAGGCAAAGGUGGCAAGGGGUUGGGCAAGGGAGGCGCAAAGCGUCACAGGAAGGUACUCCGAGACAACAUCCAGGGCAUCACCAAGCCUGCUAUUCGCCGUCUCGCGAGGAGGGGUGGUGUCAAGCGUAUCAGUGGUCUGAUCUAUGAGGAGACUCGCGGCGUUCUCAAGAUCUUCCUCGAGAAUGUCAUUCGUGACGCUGUGACAUACACUGAGCAUGCCCGGAGGAAGACGGUGACCGCCAUGGACGUGGUCUACGCUCUGAAGAGGCAGGGAAGGACUCUGUACGGUUUUGGUGGUUAAGUAUGUGUUUGAUAAUUUUAUUUGUGCCUUGGGUUUGGCGAUGUUGGGUGAUUUGGGAUUUAGGGUUAUGAGAAUUUAGUUGUUGAUGUAAAUGGUGGCUUUAGGGUUAGGUUCUGGUGCUUCGUUUCAAAUUGUUUGUACUGCUAUCCUAUUUCAGGAUCGCCAAUAUCUCUAGGUUUUGUAAUGAAAUUGCCUUAUUUAAAUCAAAUACUUUUGUAGCA